GGCACGCCUAAAGGCCCGUCAAGAAGAAGAACUCUCAGCUUUAGAAGACGACUUGCGUAAGCUUCGGACAAGACACGCUUUGCAGGCUGCUGAAACAGAAUCAAAGGUUUGGGAAAUGAGCGAUGACGAAUUUUUGCGCUGUGCCAGGGCGAAGCGAAAAAUGCCAUUGAUCAUUGCUCAAUGAUGGAACCGAGUCGCGGAUAUCGCGAAGCUAUGAGAGAGCUGAAGAAUGAAUAUGGUAAAGAUCAUGUCAUUUCCCGCACCUGUUUGGACAGGUUGAAGCGUGGUCCGAAGUUGAACUUUGACGACGCGAAAGGUAUGCAAGCGUAUGCGCGACUGAUGCGGAAAUGUGGCUUAGUUCUUGAAGAAAUCAGUGAGUACGACAAUCUUAAUAAUUUUGACAAUUUGCUGGCCAUUGUUAAACGAUUGCCACCAGAGUCGCAAAACGCUUGGGAUUUCAAAGUGGCAACAAUUUUAGAAACGGAGGAUCGUGAAGCUAGUUACAACGACCUCUCUAAAUUUGUCACCGAGCAAGCUAAUGUUUCAAGAUCAGACUUUCGUUUUGCCCGUAGAGAUAGAAGGCAAUCAAAUUAUUAUGAAAAUUCUAAGGCGAAAGGUAGUGCUUUUGCUAUUUCUGCUAGUGGUUCAAAUUGGCACUGCCCGUGUUGUAAUUUUUCUCACGAAUUAUUCAACUGUAAGAAAUUUAAAGUUCUUUCAUGGUACGAACGAUAUAACGUGGCUAGACGGAAUCAGUUGUGCUUCAAAUGCUUAAGACGAGGGCAUAUGUUUAGACAGUGCACCCAGAAUGAAAGUUGCCCCAUUCACGAUUGUAAGUAUCCGUUCCAUCAUGUUUUGUUGCAUCGCGAUUUCGAGACACCUACACGGCGAGAUGGUAUUAGUAAACAGACUUGUUCCGUCGGUACCUCGAUGAACCAUGCGGAUCACGACGUUCACGCUAAUAAAUUGGCGCCCGCAAAGCAACAAGGGAACACCGGUGUUUACAUGAAUAUCGUCCCGGUGACAGUAACUGCUGGCAACAGGGCUUUUGAUACAUACGCUCUUUUGGACUGUGCUUCUACAACCACCAUGUGUAGUGUGAAAUUGAUGAACAAAUUAAAUCUAACCGGGGUGCCUAUAGAUGUUACAUUGCAAACUGUUGGUAAUCGUCCCAAAUGUGUUAAAGCAAAGAAGUUGUCCCCUCUACUCGUUAAAGAAAUUGACGGACAUGACGAUUGCAUUGAAUUGCCCAAUGUAUUGUGCGUCAGUAACUUGCCCAUAAAGCCCAAUAAGCUACCCUCGCGCAGUUCCUUGCGUAAGCUAUCCUAUUUGUCUGAUAUCGACUUUCCUCGAAUACACGACGGUGAAGUGACUUUGCUGAUAGGAGCGGAUGUUCCCGAAGUGUUUGUGUGGGAGGAAUUUAGAAAGGGUCGGAGUCAACAGCCGACUGCGGUGAAAACCCCUCUGGGUUGGUCUCUUAUGGGUCCGUCUCUGACCGUCUAUGAAAACACUUCCAUUAAUUUCGUUGAUACAAAUCCUUUGGCGUCGCAGAUUGAGCGACUUUGGCGUACGGAUUUUGCUGACGUCCCCAGUAUUUGUGACACUAAAACUUCCCGCGAAGAUAGAAUAGCGCGUAGUUGCAUGGAAGACAAACUCAAAUUUGUUGAUGGACAUUACGAACUACCUUUAUUGUGGAAAAUCAAUCAUCGCGAGUUACCAUGUAAUCAGAAAGUGGCGGAGAAUCGCCUUCGUCAGUUAAAGCGACGUCUUUUAAAAGAUGACACAUUGCACCAAAAAUAUAUUCAGACAUUGAAUGAUUAUGUUGAUAAAGGAUACGCUCGUAUAGCUGACAGUCCUAGGUCGCCGAACAUCUAUCCAACAAAAUGGUUAUUGCCACAUCAUCCUGUGAUAAACCCAAAGAGCCAGACGACUUCAUUGACGCAUUGAGACGCUUUACUGGACGCAGAGGUCGUCCUGUUCACAUAUAUUGCGACAAUGGAAGCAAUUUUGUAGGUGCUUGUCGCGAAUUGAAAGAA